AGACAGAGAGAGACAGAGAGAGAGAAAUAGGCGAGGAGAGAGAAAGAGAGAGAGAGCAGAGAGAAGACAACCGUUUGAGUCCGUUUUUUCGGUUAUUAUAUGAAGGUGAAACCAUGGUGUCCGACCAAGAAAUAGCAAAAGGGGUGGAGUCUGUGCUCCUUCAAUCCGACCGUAACAUCGUUAACACGGUAGAUGGCAUCAUUCAGCAGCUGGAAGCCAAGCUAGGGCUAGACCUAUCCCACAAGGCCGGCUUCAUCCGGGACCAGAUCGACCACCUCAUCCGUUCCCACUCUCAGCCACACCCGCAGCCACCGCCGCAGCGACAGUCCCACCACCUCCAGCCCCCCAAAGACCAUUUUGCCCUCCGAAACCACCCUCAGUACCCCUCCACCCACCCCCAACAAUUUCCUCCCCAUUUUGCCCUCCAGACCCAUCCUCACCACCGCCCCGACGAGCUCACCUUCCGGCAGCCCCAACCUCCGCCGCCUCAGCCACGUCCACUGCCUGCACAGGUUCAGCCACAGCCGCCGCCUCCGCUAGUGACCAAGCCCGAGGCUUUCGCUCCAAAUGCCAGCCCUGAGACCCCGAAGCAAAGUGCUCCAGUGGGAGCCAAAAGAAGAGGUGGCCCAGGGGGUUUAAACAAAGUUUGUGGGGUCACUCCUGAACUUCAGGCAAUUGUUGGUGAGCCAGCAUUGCCAAGGACUGAGAUUGUGAAGCAGCUGUGGGCAUACAUAAGGAAGAAUAACCUCCAAGAUCCAAGUAACAAAAGAAAGAUUAUUUGUAAUGAUGCCCUGCGCUUGGUAUUUGAGACGGACUGUACUGACAUGUUCAAGAUGAAUAAGCUGCUAGCCAAACAUAUUAUCCCACUUGAACCCACAAAGGAGUCAGGCCAAGCUAAACGAUUGAAGGUAGAUGUUGAGUCUACAACUGAAAGUACCGAACUGGGUUCAUCUACCAUCAUUAUAUCUGAAGCACUUGCCAAGUUUUUGGGCAUUGGAGGAAGGGAGAUGCUCCAAUCUGAGGUUUUAAGGCGUGUUUGGGAGUACAUUAAGGUUAACCGUUUGGAGGAUCCUUUAAAUUCAAUGGUGAUAUUAUGUGAUGCAAACCUUCAUGAGCUCCUUGGAUGUGAAAGUAUUUCUGCACUUGGGAUGACAGAGAUGUUAGCACGCCAUCAUUUAUUCAAACGGUCAUGAUGCCUGGUGACCUUUGGCAUGCGGCCUCUUGUGAUGGAAGCACAGAUAUUGAAGACUUGUUAUGUUUAUCCUUUUUUUUUUUUUUUUGGGUGCUAUGACAUGGUUAGAUGACAUGUUUUGUUUUACUUCGUAAUUUCUGACAAUGAAUGUGCCGUGGGCUAGUGGCAAGUAGUAUCUUGUAGUUAUGCCAUUGCCAUGGAGUUAGGGUUUUCUAUCUCAUUGUAUGGUCUUUUAUUCCAUUCGACGCUAACCUUUGAACUGACUGAAGGAGACUGGUUAGAAUGGUAAAUACUCUGUACAUCCUUAAGGAUCACUGUAUAUCGUGUUAGAUGUCAGAAAUGAUUGUUGCAUUUGACUAUUAA